AUGUUUUUAUUAAUAUUAUUAAUAAUAACAAUAUCUUCUCUAUUAUUAUUUUGGACUGCAAUAAGGAAAAAUAAUUAUUGGAAAAAUAGAGGAAUUCGAGGACCGAAACCUUUACUAAUAAAAGGAAAUAUAGAUUUAAUUUUUGGAUAUAAUAAUCCUUUAUCUUUACAAUUAUUUGAUUGGAGUAAAAAAUAUGGAAGGAUUUAUGGAAUUAAAAAUGGAUGGUUUAAUACGUUGGUUAUUAGUGAACCAGAAAUGGUUAAAGAAUUGCUUGUUGAUAAAUUCGAAUAUUUUCAUGCAAGAGCUGUAAGUUUAAAAUUUUAG